GAAGACAUAGAGGCUGUCCCAGAGAGAGUGGGGCUAUUGUGCACACACAUCUCAGGCAAUCAUGGGUAACUGGGUGGAGAAUGAAGGACUGUCCAUCUUUGUCGUUCUUGUGUGGCUGGGUUUAAAUGUCUUCCUCUUUUGGUGGUACUAUCUUGUGUAUGAUGUCCCACCAAAAUUCUUCUACACCAGAGUACUCCUCGGCCGUGCCUUGGCCCUUGCAAGGGCUCCUGCAGCUUGCCUGAAUUUCAAUUGCAUGCUGAUUCUGCUGCCAGUAUGUCGAAACUUGCUCUCCUUCCUCAGAGGAUCAAGUGCGUGCUGCUCUACCCGUAUCAGACGACAGCUGGACAGGAACCUCACCUUUCACAAAAUGGUGGCAUGGAUGAUCGCCCUUCAUACUGCAAUUCACACCAUCGCACACUUAUUCAACGUAGAGUGGAGUGUGCAAGCCCGUGUUGAAGAGAAAGGAACUCUGGCAGCUGCACUUUCCAGCCUUGGUGAUAAACCACACGAAAGCUACAUCAACUUUUUUAGACAAACUAUUGGGAAUCCUGUGGGGGGCCUAUAUGUGGCUUUCACGUACUUGGCAGGUCUCACUGGCGUUAUCAUCACGCUGGCCCUCAUUCUAAUCAUCACAUCAUCCACCAAAACCAUCCGAAGGUCGUAUUUUGAAGUAUUUUGGUACACCCACCAUCUCUUUGUCAUCUUCUUCAUUGGCCUUGUCAUCCAUGGUGCUGGGCGUAUUGUACGGGGCCAGACAGCUGAGAGUCUGGCUGAACAUAAUCCAGAGAUUUGCUACAAGAACUUCACUCACUGGGGGAAGGAAGGGGCUUGCCCAAUCCCCCAGUUUUCAGGGAAUCCUCCUAUGACAUGGAAGUGGGUAGUAGGUCCCAUGUUUCUGUACCUGUGUGAGCGGUUGGUGCGGUUUUGGAGGUCACAGCAGAAGGUUGUUAUCACAAAGGUGGUCAUUCAUCCCUUCAAGACAAUUGAGCUCCAGAUGAUGAAAAAAGGCUUCAGGAUGGAGGUUGGACAAUACAUUUUUGUCAAAUGUCCAGCUGUGUCUAGACUGGAAUGGCAUCCAUUUACAUUAACCUCUGCUCCAGAAGAGGAUUAUUUCAGCAUUCAUGUCCGUAUUGUGGGAGACUGGACAGAGGGCUUGUUCAAUGCCUGUGGAUGUGAUAAACAAGAAUUCCAGGAGGCAUGGAAGUUGCCCAAGAUAGCUGUGGAUGGCCCCUUUGGAACAGCGAGUGAGGACGUGUUCAGUUAUGAAACUGUUAUGCUUGUGGGAGCUGGAAUAGGGGUCACCCCCUUUGCAUCUGUGCUCAAGUCUGUGUGGUACAAAUACUGCCACGAUGCGACCAACUUAAAACUCAAGAAGAUUUAUUUUUACUGGCUUUGCAGGGACACUCAUGCCUUUGAAUGGUUUGCUGACCUCUUGCAAUCUCUGGAGGCCCAAAUGCAGGAGAGGAAUAACGCAGAUUUUCUCAGCUAUAAUAUCUACCUUACAGGCUGGGAUGAAACUCAGGCCACUCACUUCGUGGUGCAUCAUGAAGAAGAAAAAGAUGUGAUUACAGGCCUUAAACAAAAAACCUUGUAUGGAAGACCUAACUGGGAAAAUGAGUUCAAAACUAUUGCUGAGCAGCACCCUGGCUCCAGAAUAGGUGUUUUUCUCUGUGGACCUGAGGGCCUAGCUGACACACUCAACAAGCAGAGCAUCAGCAACUCAGAAGCUGACCCACGAGGAGUACACUUCAUUUUUAACAAAGAAAAUUUCUAA